GAAUUCACUUUUUUGAAUCCAUUAGAGUAUUGUUAUCUCCGUCGAAUUCGCAUGAACACUUGAGCUCUAAAAGACGGCGUGGAAGUGGACGGUGAAGUAAUUUUUUGUUUGGAAAGACAUGGCGCAAAACGGGUAUUUGGUUCCGGCGGAUCCUUCGGCGGUAGUGACGGUGAAGAAAAAAACGCCACAAGCGUCGAAGAAUUGGGCUAUUAUUGACGCGACGGGACAGAGUGAGACGCUCGAUGUCGAUAAGUAUGCUAUCAUGCACCGUGUCCAGAUCCACGCUCGCGAUCUUCGGAUUCUCGACCCCAAUUUAUCUUACCCUUCUACUAUUCUUGGCCGAGAGAGAGCCAUUGUGCUCAAUUUGGAGCAUAUCAAGGCGAUUAUCACUUCCGAAGAGGUUUUGCUUCGGGAUCCGUCUGAUGAAAAUGUUAUUCCAGUUGUGGAGGAGCUUCGAAGACGCUUACCCGUUGGAAAUGCAGCACACCAUGCUCAAGGAGACGGGAAAGAGAUCUCAGGUGCUCAAAACGAUGGUGAUACUGGUGAUGAAGAUGAAUCCCCAUUCGAAUUUCGGGCGCUGGAAGUAGCUUUGGAAGCAAUCUGUAGCUUCUUAGCUGCAAGGACAGCAGAAUUAGAAACAGCUGCUUAUCCUGCUUUGGAUGAGCUUACCUCAAAGAUUAGUAGCCGUAAUUUGGAUAGAGUUCGAAAAUUGAAGAGUGCCAUGACUCGGUUGACAGCUCGGGUUCAAAAGGUAAGAGAUGAACUCGAACAGUUGCUGGAUGAUGACGAUGAUAUGGCGGAUCUUUACCUUUCAAGAAAACUUUCCAGUGCUUCCUCACCAAUUAGUAGCGUUGGUGAACCAAAUUGGUAUGCUACUUCCCCAACAAUUGGUUCUAAGAUUUCAAGAGCAAGUAGAGCGAGUUUAGCCACAGUUCGUGGGGAUGAAAAUGAUGUUGAAGAACUUGAAAUGUUGCUCGAGGCAUACUUCAUGCAGAUCGACAGCACUUUGAACAGAUUGACAACACUACGUGAGUACAUUGAUGACACAGAGGACUACAUCAACAUCCAGCUUGACAAUCAUCGGAAUCAGCUUAUUCAGUUGGAGCUUGUGUUAAGUUCUGGAACCGUUUGCUUAUCAAUGUACUCUCUUGUCGCUGGAAUUUUCGGGAUGAACAUUCCAUACACAUGGAACGAAAAUCAUGGAUACAUGUUCAAAUAUGUCGUGAGCUUGACGGGGACACUUUGUAUAGUCGUGUUUGUGAUCAUAAUGUCGUACGCUCGGUACAAAGGACUUGUGGGAUCUUGAUGGCUGAAUUUGGGUAGAGGGAGAGAUUGUGAAGGGGGCAUGGGCAGAUCUUGUUUUCGAUUAUUAUACUUGUGGUCGUUCUGAGUUUUGAACGAGCUUCACAAUUCUUUUACUUCACGCAUCAUAAAAUUAAUCAAACAUAUUGAAAGAA